AUGGAUGAAAGUUUAAGAAAGGCUGCUACAGGAAAGGUUAACGAAUUAUAUAGAGUAAUUCAAAGAAAUGGAAAUGUUUUGAGGUGUGUUGAUGAGGUGGAUUUUAUGGAGAGACCAUUACAUAUAGCUGCAGAAGAAGGGUGCUUUGAGUUUGCAAUGGAGAUGAUGAACUUAAAGCCAUCAUUUGCUCGAAAGCUAAACCACCAAGGUUCGAGCCCACUUCACAUUGCAGUUAGAAAAGGGCAUAAAGAGAUGGCACUUCGCUUCUUGGAGAUUGAUAAACACCUUGUUCGUGUCAGAGGAAAGAAAGCUUCUCCUGAUUGUAUCCAAGAUGUUACAAUUGAGAAUCACACUGCUUUGCAUAUUGCAAUCCAAAACAAUAGACUGGACGUUCUCCAACUCCUAAUUCCAACGCUUACAAGGAAAGACUAUUAUUGGGAAGUGGUGAACCGGAAAGACAAAGAUGGAAACAGUGCACUUCACAUAGCCGCUAUCUAUAAUCAACCCAAGAAAAUGAAAACUCCCAUUAAUGUUGUGGAAGAUAUGGACUUAUCUGCUAUGAUUUUUGAAGUCAAUAUGGUUUAUUCAGAUCCAAGAGAAUGGUUGCUUGAUACAUGUGCCACAUGUCACAUCUGCUAUGAUGAAGACUUAUUUUUUGAGUUGGAACCUUGUAAAAAUAGGGAGAAGCUCUACAUGGGCAAUGAUGCAACUUCCAAGAUCAAGGGGAAGGGUACUGUGGUUUUGAUGAUGACUUCUAUCAAAGAACUCAAGCUUUAA